GUAGGGUGUUUGUCUUUAUUCAUUAAAUGUUCAUGUGAUAUUAUGUCCUAAUAUAUUGGAAUACAGUAUGUAGCCUAUUUGCCAUUGACAUUGAAACUAGUGAGUGUUGAGUGUUAUACUAAUGUUAAUUGAUUAAAUACAUUUUAAGGUGCAUUUAGGAGUAUCUCCGUUCAACCGAUAGAAACUACAGCCCCCAUAGUUCCUUGCAAAAUCUCACAGACUCAGUUGCUCUGAAAUGCACUGGACAACAGCGCGCACACAAGUUCAGUCGGAGAAGAAUUUAAAGGUUCAAACAGACCAGAGGUCCAGCUGUAAACUAGCUUGCUUUCAAUCAUUGUUAAUCCAUGGAAUGGAGCAACGGUUGAAAUUCUCUCAUACAUACAGUAUGAAAAUAGCUGCAGGUAGCACUUUACCGCCAUGUUCGUCAUUGUGAAAGGUUUCCCUCUCACCCCCUCUGUAAUGUGUAACACUGGAUCCUCUGUGGAAGGGAAUAGUUCUAACAGGAAUCUCUACUUGCUUAGAACAUCUGAAUUGGUGGUUUAGGCCCUACUCUCUGGUUUCUAUGAAAAUUCCUAUAGCAAGCCUCUUCACUCUAGCAAUACCACUUAGUCAUUUGAUACAGUCAGUGGUAGACUUGGGACUCCAGUGUCCACUGUCAGGCCACUACCAUGGUGAACAAAGACUCUAUGGUGAGUGGGGACAGGGCUGUGGAGGAAGAGGCUGAACUGGACCUGAAGGAGACCUCCCCUGGAGAGCCUGACCCCGAGAUGGCUCUUCCCCCACCUGAGGACCCCUCAGACGGCCAGACCAAGACCGCCCGGACCUGGGAGUUGUCGGUGAUGUUCCUGUGUUUCUAUGGGUUUAUGGUGCAGCUGAAGCCUGGGGAGCCCUUUAUAACACCAAACCUGCUCAGCAUGGAGAAGAACUUCACCAGGGAACAGGUGACCAAUGAGAUCAACCCGAUCCUUUCCUACUCCUACAUGGCGGUGCUGGUGCCAGUCUUCCUCCUGACAGACGUCUUGCGUUACAAGCCCGUCCUGGUCCUCUCCAGCCUCAGCCACGUGGCCAUCUGGCUCCUCCUCCUCCUGGGCUCCUCCCUCUUAGAGAUGCAGUUCAUGGAGUUCUUCUACGGCAUCACCAUGGCAGCACGCGUGGCUUACUCCUCCUAUAUCUUCUCCCUGGUCACCCCAGAGCUCUACCAACGUGUGGCCAGCUACUCGCGCUCUUGUGUCCUCAUGGGGGUGUUUGCCAGCUCGGUGCUGGGCCAGGUGCUGAUAUCCGUGGGCAGGCUCUCCUUCGCCACGCUCAGUGUUGUCUCCUUGGCCUUGGUGUCCUUCGGCCUGGUGCUCUCCGUCUGCCUGCCCUGGCCCAAAAGGUCCUUGUUCUUCAACAGGGCCCACCACGCUGCCCAGAGGAACCUCCAGGAGCAGGCUGCCGCCCAGUCGGAGCUGGCCAGGAUGAAGCAGGGCGAAGCGGGCUUGGGUUCAGGUGACACACCCUCCCUGGCCCCUCUAAGCUCUGGUUCCUCCUGGAGGGACUCUGUGUUUAUUCAGAUGCUGAAGGAGCUGAGGAACGUGCCGCGGAGGCCCAGCCUGAGACUGUGGAGCCAGUGGUGGGUGUUCAAUUCCGCUGGCUACUACCUGGUGCUGUUGUACGUCCAUGUCCUGUGGAACAAGGUGUACCCCGCCACGGAGAACAAACACGUCUACAACGGAGGGGUGGAGGCUGUCUCCACACUACUGGGUGCGAUCACGUCGUUUGCAGCGGGCUUCGUGAAGAUCCGCUGGAACGUGUGGUCUGAGCUGGUGAUCGGCAUCAUCACGGCUCUACAGGCUGGCCUGCUGCUCCUCAUGGGGACCACCAGCAACAUCUGGGUUUGCUAUGUGGCCUACUCCCUCUUCAAGGGUUUCUACCAGUUCCUCGUGCCCAUCGCCAUUUUCCAGAUCGCCUCCUCGCUCACCAAGGAGCUGUGUGCCCUGGUGUUUGGGGUCAACACUUUCCUGGCGACCGUUCUGAAGACCAUCAUCACCCUCAUCGUCUCUGACAAGAAGGGUCUGGGACUAGACGUGCACUCCCAGUUCCUGGUCUACUUCUUCUACUUUGCCUUGCUGACAGUUAUCUACCUGGGCUGUGCUGCCUGGGUCAUCAUUCGCCACUACAGGAACCAAUCGGCAGGAGGGGGAGGGGACACAGACCAGGCCACGCCCACUGAGCUAUGUUCCGUACCAUCAAACCCCUCAGAGACGGAACCUCUGUCCAAUGGGAACAACGUGAAGGCCUGAAAGGAAUAUUCUGGAAUGUUGGCAGUCAGAUUAACCCGUUGAGACUAUUUUUAUGUAUCUGCAUGCUGUUAGCGUAAUGACUGGAAGUCUAUCGGAACAGCUAGCAUGCAAGUUGUCCCUGUAGACUUCCUGUCAUUGCGCUAGCUAACGCUAGUUGGCAUUGGCUCGCAAAACUACCUCUUAACUUCUUUCAUACUGGAUGCAGAGACAUACAAAUGGCAUCCAUGAGUUCAUCUGACUGUGUGGAAGUUGAUAAAGGGUCUCCUUGCCAAAAUCCUUAACUAACCCUUGAACAUUGUGUCAUCUUUACAUCUAACACCUAAACCCCCUACACUGACUUUGAGUGGUCUAAACGGUCUGGGAAUCUCUGCUACGGUUUCCACACGACUGCACAAGGACAGAUGAGACUUAGAGGUGAGUCGAGACCUCAUGACACUUCGUUGGAUGUGUUGGGGGAGUGUAGUUUACCAGUAUUAGUGAACAGUCACUGUUCUCAGCCCUUAUUGCCUUAUCUGUUAUAUCCAACGUGUAUUCAGUUCACCAAAAGGAUGUUAUUAUGGAAUACAUUUUUUUAUUUUUUAUAAUUACAGGCAGGGCCCACCUACAUUACUACAAGAUAAUAAAAGCUCACUCGAUCGAGCCUAAUGGUCUUGUAAGCAGCGGUGGAAAAAGUACCAACUUGUCAUACUUGAUUAAAAGUAAAGAUGCCUUCAUAGAAAUGACUCAAGUAAAAGUCUAAAAGUAUUUGGUUUUAAAUAAACUUAAGUAUAAAAAAGUAAGAGUAUAAAUGAUUUCAAAUGACUUAUUAACCAGAUGGCACAAUUGCAUUUUUUCUUCAUCAGUAGCCAGGGGGACACUCCAACACUGAGACAUCAUUUGUGUUUAGUGAGUCCGCCAGAUCAGAGGCAGUAGGGAUGACCAGGGUUGUUCUCUUGAUAAGUGUGAAUUGGACCACUUUUCUGUCCUGCUAAGCAUUCAAAAUAUAGCAAGUACUUUUGGGUGUCAGGGAAAAUGUAUGGAGUAAAAAGUACAUUAUUUCCUUUAGGAAUGUAAUGACGUAAAAGUUGUCAAAAAUAUAAAUGGUAAAGUACAGAUACUUCUUAAGUAGUACUUAAGUAUUUUUAAGUACAUUACACCACUGCUUGUAAGUAGCAAUACAUGACCUUGUAUGCGGUACAAAUCACAUUGUGGGAGCACCUCUAAGAGAAUGAAUUAGGCUGUUUGGGAAGGUUUGCAUCCUAAGAAACCUGCCUCAACAUUGUUUUCGAAGUACAAUAGACCAGCAUAUAGCUACUGUAGUAGGUACAUUUAAGGAUUUUUCUUUUUCGGCUUUAGACCAAUCCCUACUUCUCACUCGAACAGUGUUUUGUUUUUAAUAGUCAGAGUUUGGGCCUAGUUGUCAGCCUUAUGUUCUCAGAGAGACUAUUGACAUGUACUAUGUAGUGGCUGCUUUGCUUUUCUCAUCCCAGAAACAUCCCAAAUGGUGUUAUCCACUGUUGAUUAUGUUCAGAGUUUUCCAAAUACAGGGUAAUCAUAUGUUCCCUGAUGUUAAAGCAUGUUUGUUUUCGUAACUCUGACUGAGAAAAUAAUCAUCUCAAGUAGAGGGGACCAAUAGGAAGUGAUCUACAGAAACAGUCUAACGAAUUCUACUGGACUACUUCUUCUACUGAUGGAACAGUAGCCUGUUCUAUUCAGCAAAUGAUUCACUGUUUUUCGAUCAUUAGGAAUUCUCGACAAUUGCUGCAAUUGUAUUGAUUAGCGAAAACCAUAUUUUUGAAUCUGUUUUAGAUUAAGUAGACACGUGACAGGAUGCAUUUUUGGGCUGCAGAAUCUUCCUGAAGAUUUUUCUUUGAAAAGUGUCAAAAAUAUUUUCUAAAUGAAGCCCUUUGUGUGUAUGUUCACUACACUCCCAUUGUCUUAGGUUUAAUCAGCGAUUGUUUGUGAACAAAGCAGAUGCCAAUUGUUUUAGGGCCUUCAAACUAACCAUGUCAGUGGAUUGUUUUUGAUUUCACCUUUAUUUAACCAGGUAGGCCAGUUGAGAACAAGUUAUGCUUGCUGCUAGUGAGUAAUUCAAUGCACCUUGUGUCAGGAAGUGUUUUAGCUACCAUUUUGUGUAUAGUUUUGCUUACGGGAGGUUGGGGUAAGUUGAGCCAUUUGUUACAUUCAGCAUCACUAGGAGAUCUAUUGUAUUCUUUCUAACAAAGGUAUCUACAUAUAUUUCAGGAUGUUGUGUAUCCCUGGAAAUAAUCCAAAUUCAUGUAAACUUUACAGUUUUGAAAACAGGUUUUCUGGGGGAAAUAAGUGGUCUCUUGGCACAAUUUACCCCGGGAUUCGGGUAAAUUGAGCCACGGAAUAGGUCAAGUUAAGCCGCAUAGAAAUGUCUACUGAAUGAAAUAUUACCAAUGCCUUUUAAAAAGAAUAUCUAUCUUUAUUUCCCGAACACAAUUGCUUUUUCUUUUUAAUAAUUUUAAGCACCUUUUUAACACAGGCUCCUAACAAACACAGGCUCCUAACAAACACUUUGUACUUCCUAUAUAUAUAUAUUUAACAUUGGCCAGGCCCUGUUACCUCAUAUCCCAGCGAUAAUGCGUUGCAUUAUGCCUGGGAAGAAAACACUUCAAUUGGCUCAACUUUUACCCCAAGGCAAACAUUUGGAUUAUAUUAGCACACACAGAUACAAUAAUUUCAUGCUUAUGUAUAGAAUAAUCUUAAUGAUCUACUUUGCUUUAGAUACAAGCAUCAUGAAACCUCUAUAACAGAAAAUAAUUUGACUUGCUGAAAAUCUUUUCUUUUUUCCUUUUUUCAUGUGGUUUCUUCCUUCAGACUCAAUGAAAUGAUGACCCUCUUCCUAGAUAUUUGGUCAAAUUAUAACAUUUUGUGUAUGGUUUCCUAGAAACAAGGGUGGCUCAACCUACCCCACUCUCCCCUAUUUUUGUUUAAAUGUUUUCAUGCAGAUUUGUCUUUUCUCCCCCAGCAGUGCUAAUAAUACGUUCAUUGUCAUCUUUUAUAAUAGGAAGCCCACAUGAAUGUGAAUGUGUAAACUGGAAUAUAGUUGUUAUGAACUACUGCAAAUGAGUUUUGAGGAUUUAGCAAUGAGCUGGCAGACCUUUAUUCUGCAUGUUAUUUUCCAGAAUUUUCGAAUGAGCUAUUUUGUAUUGUUUAAAUGCAGGGUUUCUCAAAUGUUUUUGCUUCGUGACCCACCAGUUGAGCUGUGUUUUGAGUCUCCAUCCACCAUAAGGGUUGAGUGGUAAAAAACAAACACACACAGCAUAAAUACAAAAUAUGAUCUUGGCAGCGGACACUAUUUUGCCGUUUCAAAGCUAAUCCCCUGCAAUUCCACAUGCUGCCAUGGAGCUGAAAUAAAAAAAAAUGCAAUUUUAAAAACAAUUUCCUGCAAUUCUAUGCAUUUUGCCAUGGAGCUGAAAUUUUGUUUGCUUUUAAGCAAAUUUCAUGCAAUUCUAUGCAUUUUGACAUGGUUGGUGUUUUUAUGCACCAACAUAACAUCAGUGGAGGCCUGAUUGUCUAGCUUUUAUUUUGUUGAUUGUAAAUUCUCAGAUUAUAGGUUAUUAUUGAAAAUGUAUAGGUCCGUUCUCUUUUCUGCAUACCAUCCCACAGUUUGGGAACUACUGUUUUAAUGGAACAAUUUAUUUAUCUGUGCAUAAGAGUGAAAUUGGGUUUUCUUAAAUGUUUGUCACAGGAAAUAAAAUGCAAAAUUAAAGUUGAAAAAUGUAAAUA